AUGCCUCGCGGGCGCCGCUCUCUUCAAGCCGGCGGGAUGCCACUAUUAGAGGUUUCUGAAUCGCCUGAUGUGAAUGGCACCCGUCGGACUAGAUCAGUUUCAUCCAGGCCAGCCAAUGGAUAUGAAAUCGUCGUCUCCAGCGACUCAACACAGCCAGUUAGGCGACCUCGAGGAAGACCAUCUCGUGCUUCCCUUCUUAGUGCGAUCACAACUUCUUCAUCAUCCUCACCUUCUCAUUAUAGUGGGGUUAAACCACGACGGGGCAGAGCAGCAGCAAUCGGCAGCACAUCUGUCUCUUCCGCCGCUACACCACAGGAGCUGUCUUCUGAUGCCGAAUACUCUACGCCUGCUACUAGCAAGAAUCCCACACCAUUAACUGCUGAGGGGUCAUUGUCUGUUGAAGCUUCGAAGUCCCUUGCGUCAUUGGAAGUACGGCUACCUGCCAGGUCUCGUGCCGACGACUCUGACAGCGAACGAGCACUCAGAAAUAGCAUUUACUCCAUGAAGGCCAAUAGAAAACUGACUGAAAUUGUCAAUUCUGAUGAGGAAGAUGACGACUCCUCUGAUACAGGGUGGGAUGCCAGGAUAGCCCGUAGAUUGCAGGAUGAAGAGUUUGCAAAAGCUGAUGAAGGAGCUUUGCGGUCCUCGUCGCUCUCUGGGAGUAAUCGUGCUGUGACUGCUACCACCUCACCUUUACCCACACGCGGAGUUGCAAAGCGAGGCAGAGCUUCAACUAGGCUAUCCAUGCAACUGGCUCCACCAGCAAAGAAGAGCAGAAUAAUACCAGAUUCAGACGACCCUCCAACAUCUGACUUCGACAUGGAUGCAGAAAUCGCAGCAGCCGCUGCACUGGACAGUGAACUCUCGGAGCCUCCUGAACUCUCGGAAGGCGAAGCGAGAUUUACUGAUUCAGACGAGGUUAAUGAAGCUGCGAUGGAUAAAGACGGUGGCACUUCUGAUGCUUUCUCGGAUGAUGAACCUCUUUCAGUUAAGAAGAAAGGCAAGCAGCCACAAAAACCAAGAACCCUGUCGUCAAAGGCCAAGAUGCCAACCAGACGAGGUCGGCCAUCAACAGCAGCGACUGGUUCCAAACCAAACCUUGCUAUAAGACGUAACCGAGCACAGGACGUCGUCCAGGACUCGGACGAUGAUGAUGUCGCAGAAGAAGUCGUUAGCAUCGCUUCGGAUAUGUCCACUGUAUCCUCGGUCUCUGCUGGCCUGAGCUCUUCCAACUCUAGUGACGCUGAGGAGGGUGUGUCAGAGUUACGAAGAAUUGCUGCCAACCGCCGAGCGUACAGGUCGGGCAACACGCGACGCCUUAGGAAGGAACGUGAUCGCCUUGAGUAUCACCAUCCAGAGAUUGUUACCAUGUGGAAAGACUUGGAAAAUAUGCCCAUUCUCAAGGCUGGGAUGGCUCCACAGCCGCAAAGCAUUUCUAGACAACUGAAACCGUUCCAACUGGAAGGACUUGCUUGGAUGAAAGAAAUGGAAAAGAGAGAAUGGAAGGGCGGAUUACUAGGUGACGAAAUGGGUCUCGGCAAGACUAUACAAGCUGUCUCGCUCAUUAUGUCCGAUUACCCAGCUAAGCAACCGUCAUUGGUUCUUGUGCCGCCAGUCGCAUUGAUGCAGUGGCAAUCGGAGAUAAAAUCGUAUACGGAUGGUACUCUGAAGACUUUUGUCUUCCACGGAACUAAUCAAAAGGCCAAGACUAUCACCGCUAAAGAGCUCAAGACAUACGAUGUGAUUAUGAUGUCGUACAACAGCUUGGAAUCAAUGUACCGAAAGCAAGAAAAAGGCUUCAAGCGAAAAAAUGGCAUCCACAAGGAAAAAAGUGUCAUUCAUUCAAUUCAUUUCCACCGAGCCAUUCUAGACGAGGCUCACAGCAUCAAGACACGAACAACGAUGACCGCCAAAGCUUGUUUUGCCCUUCGAACGACAUAUCGCUGGUGUCUGACCGGAACUCCGUUGCAAAACCGCAUCGGAGAAUUCUUUUCAUUGAUACGAUUUUUGAACAUUAGACCUUUUGCUCUUUAUCUCUGCAAACAAUGCCCCUGCUCAACUCCCGAGUGGGCGAUGGACGAGAAUAGUCGCUGCUCCCAUUGCAAUCAUGCAGGCAUGCAGCAUGUGUCCGUCUUCAACCAAGAGCUCCUUAACCCAAUUCAAAAGUUUGGUAAUCUUGGACCCGGUCGGGAGGCUUUUCGCAAGCUUCGGUUGAUGACGGAGCGUAUCAUGUUGCGUCGUCUCAAGAGAGACCAUACCGACUCUAUGGAACUGCCUGUCAAGGAAAUUUAUGUCGAAAGACAGUUUUUUGGUGAAGAAGAGAACGACUUCGCUAAUAGUAUUAUGACUAACGGCCAGCGCAACUUCGACACCUACGUCGCCCAGGGUGUAUUGUUGAACAAUUACGCCAACAUUUUUGGCCUUAUUAUGCAAAUGAGACAGGUGGCAGAUCACCCUGAUUUGAUCUUGAAGAAGAAUGCUGAUGGUGGACAAAACGUGUUGAUCUGCAGCAUUUGCGACGAGCCAGCAGAGGAUACAAUCCGAAGUCGAUGUAAACACGACUUUUGCCGAGCCUGUGUUUCUAGCUACAUUGGAUCAACGGAUGCUCCUGACUGUCCUCGCUGUCAUAUACCUCUGUCGAUAGACCUCGAACAGCCCGAGAUUGAGCAGGACGAAAACUUGGUCAAGAAGAAUUCGAUUAUUAACCGAAUUAAGAUGGAGAAUUGGACUUCAUCUUCCAAGAUUGAACUGCUCGUCCACGAGCUGCACAAACUCCGUUCAGACAACGCAUCCCACAAGUCUAUUAUCUUUUCUCAGUUUACAACCAUGCUGCAGCUUAUCGAGUGGCGACUACGCAGGGCCGGUAUUACGACCGUCAUGUUGGAUGGUUCUAUGACACCCGCGCAGCGUCAGGCUUCCAUUGAGCAUUUUAUGAACAACGUUGAUGUGGAAUGCUUUCUUGUUUCUCUCAAGGCAGGCGGUGUUGCGCUUAAUCUCACUGAGGCCUCAAGAGUCUUUAUUGUUGAUCCAUGGUGGAAUCCAGCCGCAGAGUGGCAAUCUGCAGAUCGUUGCCAUCGCAUCGGCCAAACCCGCCCUUGCACCAUUACGCGACUUUGUAUUGAAGACUCGGUGGAGAGCCGUAUGGUUCUAAUCCAGGAGAAGAAAACAAACAUGAUUCACUCGACUGUGAAUGCAGACGACAAGGCCAUGGAAAGUCUUAGUCCUGAGGAUAUGCAGUUUUUGUUCAGAGGUUCUUAA